CCGAUUCAAACAGCAGCGCGCGGACUGUCUCCAUUCUUCACCGUGUAAAUUACACAAUGUAGUGGUUUAAAAAACUCAAUGGCGACGUUAAAAGCAACAAACGCGUAGAUGUGACUUUAUUUUCCUGAACAGAAGAUACAGCCGAGCAUUUAUGUCGUCCUGAACUCCCCCGGUGACUGUUGUCAUCAUGUCCCAGACCAACAUCUCUCUCCUGGACGAGGUUGUGCAGUGGAGUCAGGAAACCUGCCGCCAGAACCUCAAGUCUGUCCUCCCAAAACUCACCUCUUUGCAUAAUAGCUCUGAGAGCUGGGACGAUCAUAUACGUAUACUGAAGAUCAUUACAGACAUGUUCCUCCCUCAUAUUGGUUUGUCUGAGCUGGAAGAUGAAUGUUUCUCCAAGAUCUUACCAAAGGCAGCGACGAUGUUUGACGGCAUGAUGAAAGAAAUCUUGGACCAAGUUAGAGAGCUGUCCAGUCAAAACACUGAACUGUGUGCCUUACUAAGGAACAUUUUGCAGGCAAUGAUGCAGAUAAUUGACGCAUUGUCCACUUGCGUGCGGCACAUCAGCACAUUUGAGGAAGCUCCUGACUUGGAUGCCAUCCGCUCGUUACCAACUUGCAUCCUGAAAGUCCUGAGGGAAACCUUUCAGCACUGCAAGGAGAGUGAGGUGGUUUACUGUGGCCGUCUGUCCCUGGUGGCUGACCUGCUUCAGGGACUCUUCAAAGAGGCUUACGCCCUCCAGAAAGGUCUGCUGGAUCUGCUGGACCGGCUCUCCCUCGACAGCAGUGCCUCCGAGGAAGAGGUUUCUGACAUUGUUACAGUGAUUCACAGCCUGCUGGAUAUCUGCUCUAUUAUCUCCAACCUGGACAUAGCACUGCAUGCAAACACAUGGAAAUUCCUCAUCAAACAGAGUCUGAAGUACCAGUCACUGGUGGAGGAACAUCUGCAUCACGGUAACAUCAGCAACAGCCUGUGUGACAACUUGUUGGCCUCCUUCCACCACUGUGUGGAGCUGGCCGAACAGAUUAAACACACUGGUCUUCAGGAGGCAACACAAAGCCCAGAAUACAAGCUGUUCCAGAAAACUGCAAAGAUGUGCAGAUUUUUUGCCAACACUUUGGUUCAUUACAUAAAGGAAUUCAAAUUUUUUCUGGCAAAGUAUUGUAGCUGCUUUCACCAACUCUACCUCCAGGUCAUCAGUAAGUUCCCUCCCAGCUUGUGUGCUCCAACACUGCCCUCAGCUCUGUCUGAGGAGCUGAAUGCAGCAGCUCUGGUUCCCAUGGAUGCCUUCCUGCUCCAGCUGCUGCCUUUAAGGCCCUUUGCUGAAGUUGUCCUCCAGCAGGAACCAGGCUUGUGUCCUGAACAUGAACUUCCUCAGUGUCUCUUACUGGUGAGCGUCCUGGGUCAGCUCACCUCCCAACCAGAGGAGGUACUACGGCUUUGGUACAACGGUAGCCAGUUUUCUGAGGAAACACCCAGACUUCCUCUCUAUCAGGCCUUGUUCACUAGUUUCAGGCGAUGCUAUACUGAGCGUCAGGUGCCGGUACUGUUGCCAGGGGUGAUGAUGAAGGGUCAGGCCCAGGUCCAGGUCACCCUACACAACCACAUCUGUGUGCAACUCUGUGCCAAUGUGGCUGCACUUUCCCCAGUGUACUUCCCCGUGCUGGAGCGUUGUUUGGUUAAUGCUGUACUGCAGACUGAUACUCAAACAACUCUACUGGCAACAGAUGUGUGGUGUUUUACAGCACGGUAUGGGACAGCAGAGCUUUGUCUACAUCAUGUCGUCCUUGUUGCUCAGCUGGUGAAAGCCUGCACCACUGAGUGUUACCAGUCGGUCCACCUGGGCCUGCUGCUCAAACGCAUGGUUUUCCUCAUGACGCCAAACCACCAGAAUGUACUUAAAGGUUCCCUCUGGAUCAAUCUCUACAACGGGGAUUUUAGCCAGAGCGUCUGCCAUAGCGACUGUGGCUUUAGUCAGAGCACCGGAAACCCUCAGACUGCCAAGAGGGAUCUCAUCGAAGGUACUGCUGAAACUACUGCACCACCUCCACAGUGGCUGGGAUCCAGACUACAGGAGCUCCAGACACUCAUAUCCCACAUCAGUACAGCCAGACACACAACCUAGCUGAUUUAUUUACUUCAUGUAUUGACAAACUAUUUCACCACAGUCUGGACCUCUAAAAGUCUGUGUACCUUUUGCUGCCGCUGCUGCUGAAAGGUUUCUCUUG